CGAUUUUGAUGUUCCCCUGAUACUUUUUCAAAAAUUUCGCCUAUACCUUAGUCAAUCCUCUCUGCGCGUACCCACAGAGGGUGAACAUAAAAGUUCUCUUUUUUCCAGUCCAUGUUUUUUUUUAGUAAAGCAUAUAGUUGUGUAUCUAACAGGUUUCAACAUGUAUUAGCCGGUUCUCUAUCGAUUUACGAUUAGUCGUGUGGAACAUAUCGGGUAUUAGUCACGGUGUUUAAUUAUCGACGACAAAUCAAACUUCUGUGGAAUAUAUUGAGUGAGCUAGAGCCUGAACGUUAUCCAAAAUGCCCCCCAAGGCAGAUCAGUCUUCGUUAUAAUUGGUGAUAGGAACGCACCGUGUUCGUGAUCAAUGUUGUCAGUGAAAAUGGAUCUGAUGACAAGUAUCUGAUGAAUGCUAAGGAAAUGACGAAGAAUAUGAUAGAGAAAAAGAUUUUCACUAAACCGAGACACGAAGCAGGAAUCAUUCUUAUGGGUGUCAAGGAUGAUGAUAGUGAUUUUCGAAUCUGCAAUCAUCAGGAGAUUCAGUCGGUAUCUUGGGAUAUGGUGAAGGCGGUUUCAGAGAUCGAAGGUAGUGAGGGUGUUUUUACGAAAUGGUUGUCGGGAUUGAAGAGUGCUUUGAAAAUCAUCAACACGGCAUACGGGCGAUUGAUAAAAUGCAAGAUUGUGCUCAUCUCGAAUUUCCCUGCAGAUCCAUCUCAGAACUUUAACAAUUUCGACAAACUUGUUGAGCACUUUGUAGAUUCUGAGAUGACGUUUGUGUGCUGUGGCCCGAAGAAUUUGCAAGAUAAACCUCCUGAAAAUCUCAAUAAAAAUGAACAGAAGAUUUUGGAGUUUUGUAGAGCAGUGAAUGGAUUUUACUGUCCGUUCGACUACAUCCUUCCUGAAUCGAGGUUCUACGAAACCGGUUGUACGAGGUUUUGUCCAUGGAUGUGUAAUUUGGAAGUACAUAGCAUAAAGAUUCCAAUCAGGGUAGCUGUCAGGGCCUCUAGAACCAACACGAAGGCAAUGUGGUCUCUGGUGUCAGUAGAGACUGCAGACGGAGAGAAAAGAGCAGCUCCGGUUCCAAUAACUCAAACAAAAGAACUGGUGGACCGAUACAAAACCGUGCAUGAGAAGCAAGACACAGUCAAGGGUUACAUGUGUGGAAAUAAAUUCAUUCCUGUUACACAAGAGGAUGAGGCAGGCAUGGAACUUGGUCAUGAGGCUAAAUCCUUCAAGCUGUAUGGAGUUGCCAAGGCUGAAACCGUCUCAAUCAUCCACAGAACUGGCCCCUCAACUUGGCUCGUUAUGCCUGAAAACGGAUUUGAAGAGCCUUUCUUCUAUUUCCUUCAGGCUAUGAAAAAUUCAAAUCUCGUCGGUUUCGCGAGGAGAAAUUAUCGCGAUGGGGGUAAAUCUCCAAUGAUGAAUUUGUUGAUUCCAUGCACAGACGAUCCUGAACUUCCCUGGUGCUUCCUAAUGUACCAGCUGAUAUUUGCGGAAGAAGAGCACAAAGUCGAUCCAGUAUCAUUGAACUCUGUAAUAGAGGGAUUAUCUAAAGAGGAGAAAGACACAGUUGACGAACUCAUCGAUUUGAUGUUCGUCGAAGGUGAAGAAGAAGGCACGUCGAAAAAUAUUGUUCCAGCACCUGAACGUCAACACCUCUGGAACGUAAAGGCAUUUCGAGCUCUACAUCCAGACGAGCCCCUUCCUCCUCCCAAAGACUAUUUAAUGGCUCUUCUGGAGCCUCCUGAUUCCAUCAACGCACAGGAAGUGAGAUAUUGCGUUGAGAGGAUCAAGAAGUCAUUCGAGCUGCAGCCUGAAGAAGUUAUGGAAGUGGCAGUAGCAGAGGGAAAUAAAAUUCCAGACACUCCUCCUAAUGACGUGGUUGAUAAAGAAGAGGAAAAUGUGGAUGAACGGGAUAUGCAGAAUCUCGAUGGAAUGUUUGCUGAGUGAUGAGUGUUAAUACCGCAUUUCGCAGAAAAGCUUGUGUACCUUACGUCAACUAUUUUAUAAUCGUACAGAAAAUAUUUUUCUAAAAAUGUAAGAUGUUGUAUUACUUAAUUCGAAUGUUCAAAUACAGAAAAAAAUUAUUUUUCAUAAAUAAUAA